UGGUACGAGACACUGACCCUGCAGAGCCAGCUCCGGCACCGCUUCCCCGAGCUCGCCGACCCCGACACCUACUACGGCUUCAGGUUCUGCCACCAGCUGGAUUUCUCCACCAGCGGGGCCCUGUGUGUCGCUCUCAACAAGGCAGCAGCGGGAAGUGCCUACAAGUGUUUCAAGGAGCGGCUGGUGACCAAAGCCUACCUCGCCCUGGUGAGGGGCCACGUCAGCCAGAGCCGGAUGACGAUCCGCUAUGCCAUCGGGAAGAACACCACGGAGGGCAGGACCCACAUGAUGUGCAUCGACGGGACAGAGGGCUGUGAAAAUCCCAAGCCUUGCCAGUCGGAGCUGAUCGUGCUGGAGCACGGAUCCUACAGCGGAGACCCUGUGACCAAAGUGCUGCUGCAGCCUCUGACAGGGCGGACUCACCAGCUGCGGGUUCACUGCAGUGCUGUCGGUCACCCCAUCGUGGGGGACUUCACGUACAGCCUGGGCCAGGACAGCAGCCCCUACAGGAUGAUGCUCCACGCCUACUACCUGCGCAUCCCCGCGCGCGGGGAGCUCAUCGAGGUGUGCGCGCCCGACCCCUUCGUCCCCGCCAUGGACGGCAACUGGGAGCCCCAGCGCGUCACCCGCCGGCUGGAGGACACCAUCCAGGAGCUCAAGGACAAGGUCAGAGGACACGAGCCCCUUGCUGCUCACCUGGACAAGUCCUGGCUUGAUCCCACGGUGUGGCUCGUGGUCCCACAGUGUGGCUCCUGGCUGGCAGGUUUCCAGAGGGUGCCAGAGGAAGGUCCUUUGGGUGGACAGUUUGGGAAGGCUCUGGAGCAGUAGGAAAUGGAUGAAGCUGAAAAAAAGACUGAUGUGGUGGCUCAGCUCCGCUGGCGCUCAGCUUUGCAAGAUUCCAAGAAGAGUUUCUCUGGAAGUGCCCUUGCUUUGCUGGUCAUCCUGCUUUGCUUUCCCUUUUCCACCCUGCUCGUCCUCUCCAGCCCUUGGAGGACAUUUGGAAAUGAGGAGAACAGGACAGCUGGGGAGGGACAGAGGGGCUGGAGCCCACUGCACACACAUCCCCAUCCCGGGGGCGUCGGCACAUCAGUGUGUGCCCAGAGUUGUUGUCACCCCACCAGCCCCAUCCCAUGGAAAAUGCACCUGACAGGGGUUUCACACAACUGACAUUCCCACUCUGAGGGGGAAUAAAAUGUCACAGCUCUCUCCCUGUGGGUGAACAUACCCUGCAGGUCACUGAAAUCCCGGGGGGAAUUGCAUCACCCAUCCCUUGUGUCCCUGGGUGCAAGUUCACUGUGCUUUUGUGUCUUGGUGGGGAUGGCUCUGAGGUGCCAGCCCUGGGCUCAGGGUGGGUUGGAGGAGCGGGAGACCCAUCUCCUUCCUCCCAAGCCCCCUCCCUGCCCAUCCCAUGUCCCAGGAGUGGCCGGGAAGGGAGAGGCAGCCGCGGGCAGGUCCCGGAGCUGUAAAUUACCCUCAUGAACCUGUUUGCCAAAGAAUGAAGGGGGGUGACGUGCACGGGAGGUGCUGAAAAGUGCCAGGGGAGAUUUACAUGUCACGGGUGGGACACAGCCUGCCCUUCCCACUGGGAACAUCCGGGAUGGGGUGGAGCACUGGGGUGGGAUGUGGGGACGCUGAUGGACCAUCCCUGCUGGGGGCUGUGUGGAGGAGCCCCCUCCCCAGCACCCAUCAGCCUUCGUGUGCUGCACUUAUAACCAACACCACAGAGACCAGAGAUAAAUAGGUGUUUUCCUUACCCUGCAGAGAGUGUUUUCCAGGUGCCCUUCCUGGCAUCCCUUCCUGCUCCCUCCUCUCUGCCGGCACUGCCACAGGGCGUUGGCUGCGAAUCCCCCGGUGCUGGGGUGUGUGUUGUGAUGUUCUGUGCACUUGGCAGUACCCGUGUUGUUGCCUCUCACUGUAUUAAACGUGUCUCUGCCCUUCG